GGUAUUUAGUCCAACGGUAUAUAGUAUUAGCUUAAUGAGGAAACUGCUCACAGUUGAACAACAGUAUCAAGUCAUUUAUGAUGCAGCUUUGAAACUUAUGUGAUAUGAAUCAAUCAUUCAGUGUAAAUCUAAAUUAUUAUUUUUGAUUGUUGUUUUCAGCUUGUGUUCAUAUUGUAAACCAAUAUCAAAUAAACCCAGUAGCCUAAGCCUAAAUAGUCUAAUAAGUAAUAACAAAAUGGUUAGUUAUAAAAAAAAAAAUUACAAUUACUCCGACGCUCAUUCCGCCCUGACUUUUUUUUUAGUGGUGGAAGCCAAACACAACACCCCCACCCACCCUCCACAUUGGCAAGCUAUGUGGGUCAUGUUAUUGGAAUUUGCUUCAAGUUUUCUAUAUUAUUAGUAUUACACAAAUUUAUGGUUAAAAAUUGUUAUAACUUUUGACUAUUCAAUUAAAUCAGGAGUCAGCUUUUUGCAAGCUGCAUGCAUGACAAUAUCGGUCAAUAUCCGCCAAUCCGCGCCAUGACAUGUGUCUAAUUCUCUCCCUUUUGUUUAUCGUUCUUUUGUUACUAGCGUUAACUUUUCCUUACUUUGACGAUGUAAUGUUUAAAAUUAAAAUUUCAUUGGGGGCCAUCUAUAAAUGAUGUCACACAAAUUUUGAUGAAUUUUGCCCACCCCAGCAUCCAAAUUCAUCACAAAAGCUAGUCCCCUUCCUAUAUAAUGUCACAAACCUCUGCAAAACCCCCCCCCCCCCCCCCAUGUUCCGUUUUGGCUGCGCAGCUAUCUCACAGAUGCCGCGCAGCAAUUUUGAGUAUCCGCUCAGCAAAUUACCAUGCAAGUGUGUGUUUGUUUUUGUGGGCUGUAAAAUUUUGCACUCAAAAAAAUUGAUGCUAUAAAACUUUGCACACAACUGUAUGAUUCUGCACACGAACCAGCAAACCUUAGAGGGAACUUUGCACCCCACUCCCCCCACCUAAUAAAAAUCCAUCUGUCCACUACUGUCCUUUGCAAGCCCUUAUAAAUAUCACCUCACAUGGAUAUGGAAUUACUUCACCUGUGUCAGAAACAUUUCCCUAGAACAGUGCUUUUUUAAAUAUGGGUGAAAGCACCAACUGUGGUGCGGAAGACCCAGACAAUAAAUUUCAUUUGCUGCCAUCGCUAUUUGUUUCUGCCUUUAAAUAUAAAUUCAGUUUUUAUGCAUUUUGAAUGUUUUUUUCUGGUUAAUUUUGUUUGUGCAUUACCUGAAUUGGUAUUUUUUUCCUUGGUAACUAGAAAGUUAAUUAUACCAAUAAAACAACAAUAAAUUAAAUAAAUUACUAUUUAAAUUAUACUGGGGUGGGGAGGAUUGCGGGAUAUGUUUUGAAGUUGAGAGGAGAUGCAGCACUGCACAAUAUUUAAGAAUCCCCGACACCUCACUUACCACCUAUUGUAACCCUAAUUCUAUCGUUUCCGUCUCUACAUUUCGACAUGAAUUCUCACCACUGUCAGUCACUACACCCCGAUUCUCAUCCUCUGUGGCGUCCUGUAACUUGAUCAGAUGCUAUUUCCCAGACCUGGUAUACCUGUACUUUUACCUUUUUUCAUCUUCUCUGUAAAUAGCUAAACAAGCACAUUCUCUACCUUUCCCCUCUCCAUUGUAGCAGAUGUGUGUUUUUUUUUUACAUAGCCGCCACCUUGGUUGCCAUGACCUGUGAUAGGUUAUGGCAACCAAGGUGGCGGCCCUAGGAAACGUCAUGGCAAGAUUAGCGUAAAUGGAACCGGAAACGCAUCGCCGCUAUUCGGACCCGGGUCAAAUUAGACUAAAUGCUAUUCGGAUGUCAUUUGUGGCAGUUUAUUUUAGUUAAACUGAAGAAGUUAGUUUACAAACAUAGUCCAUUGAAAUAUCUUUCAUUAGAUACCAAAUUUUGUCCUACAACCGAACAAUAAUAAAAAAAAAUAAUUAAUUUUAAUCCCAACCUCUCACUUCUCGGACCAGGGUCCGAAUAGCCACUUUGUAAAUUUAAUGUGCACCCCAAUUUUUUCCUGCACGCCAUCACAGGUGUGAUGCAUUUUAAGAAUUGUUUAAUUAUUUUCUACUUUUUAGUGCAUUUAACAUUGUCUUUGAUAAAAGUUUUAUUAAAUAUUUUUUAAUUCACUUUUUUGUUUUAGCAAUGUAACGAAACAACAAAGGAGAUAAUAAUGGUUUCAUUUUUUCCGCUGGUCUGGGUAAUGCUGGGGAUUGAACUCGAUUUGAAAAUGAAAAUUUUGACUGCACAGCUAUCAAGGCACUCACCAGAAAGUUGAAUUUCAAGGAUUAACUCUAUACAAAAUAUUAUGCCUACUAAAAUUCAGCAGCCCCUCCGCGGAUAAAAUUUCAUACAAUAAUAUAACCAAAAAAUAAUUUUGGUCAUGGAGUCAUAUUUAGUAUCUUUGUUUUGUGUGUCAGAUGACCUUUGGGGUCAUCUUGUUGUCUGUGCAUUUUAAUAGAAUUUAAAAAAAAUAAAUUAUUUUGUUUAUAUCAAAUAAAUAGAGACCGACCAUUUUUUGUCAUGAAAAUGUCGCUUGUUGGACAAGUAUUAAAACACUGUUAUUUUGUUUAUUUAAAUUUUUACAACUGCAACAUUGAAGUAUUUGUAAUCCUGUCAAAGAAUUGACAUUGUUCUAUUUUUUUCUAGUACUAUUUUAUCAGUUACAAAGUCAUGUUAUGUCAGUUAAAUUAUUUUUGUUUGCGAAUAAAAAAAAAAAAAUAAUUUUUAGUAGUUUUUAAAGGUUUUUCUUAGACAGUAAAUACUGUAUAUUAUUAUUUUGAAAAAAUAUAUCUCAAUGUUAUGUCACUUACAAUUCCAAACAUUUUUUAUGUGAAUAUGCUUAAUAUAUUUUUAUAAAUGCUAUUAUUUUACAGUCUACCAGAUUAAGACCCAAAACCAUCUAUAGUUAAAUUAAGAACUCUUAAUUGCAUUUUUCAUUUAUAUUAGAUGCAAAUUGAAUUAUUAAUAUCACAUGAUAUAUAAAGCAAUAAUUCUAUUCACAAGUAUUUACCAAAAAAGAAUAGCAGUAAUCCUCAUAUAUAAAAAUUUGAAAGAAACAACGAAAAUAAAUGUUAAUAAUGCAAGACAUUAUUUUUUGGUUUCUUUCUAUUUAAACUUGUACAACCAGUUGAAAUUAUAUUUGCAGGGAUUUUAAAAAAUAAACUGAGAGUAUAUUUGCCUCAUGCAUAGAAAGUUAUAUAGUAUCACAAUUUAUAUGCAUUAUUUAAUUACCUUUUUUCAGAAGAGUAAGCCACAGACCUCAAUUUCCCAAGUUUGAAAGUAAUUUUCCUACCUAAGUGUAAAAUGCCUAAACGUAAAGGUGCAAGAGGCAAACGAGGAGGACCAAUUAAAAAAAAUUUGAAAACUACAACCGAAUCUUUGGAUGACACAGAAAUAUUAUGUGAUGAAAAUAAAACAGAAACAGAAGAUGCAGAUACCUCUUUUGCAUCAGAUACCGGUAUAGAAAAAAACUUAAAUUUAAAUGAAUCUACUGAAGUACAAAUAGAGGAUAAUAGUUUGAAUGCUUCACAGUCAGAAGAUUCAAAUACUGUUACACCAGAAAUAGAGUCAGCAUCCAUAACUGAACAGUUAAUUGAAAGUCACACAGGGCAAAGUACAAGUACCAUUGACAUUGAAAAGAAUUCAACACUUAAAGGCACUGCUGACUGCAGUAUCGAAAUUGAAGAAAGUGACCCAGAAUAUGUUGAAACAGAAUGUUCGAAAGAAGCUGAGGUUUUUGGUGGAGAUGACACAAAAAUAAAAAAUCAACCAGAUUCUUUGCUUAUUGGUAGUGAGGAAAAAGUAAUGGAUGAUAGGUCUGCUCAGAUGGACACAAUGACAGAGGUUCUAACUAUCCCAGUAACAACUACACAGGAUCAAGGUAAAGAACAAAUUACGGAAGUUGAGGAUUUUUUUGAGGACAAAGGUGAAGAGUAUGAUAUACAGUACAUUGAUGAAGAAGCUGAUGAGGAACAGCAAUUGCUUGAUGUUAUGGAAAGCACAAAUGAAGAUAAGGGAGAAAAUGUUCAAGUAGCCACAGCUGUUAUUUCAAGUGACAUCAAACAGUCACCAUAUUGUCAGAAAGAAGGAAAAGAAUCUAAUAUUAAAAAUCAGAGUACUCCUGCCAAAUUAAAACAGUCAGAAAUGGAAAACUGUAAGUUUGAAGAGAUCUCUGAAGGGUCAAUUGGUCAAGCUGAACAGGAGGAAGUUAUAAAUGAUAUUUCUGCUGAUGUUGAGAUUACAGGAGUUUCCUUUGCAUCUACUUCUAAAAGUUCUAAAUUCUGUGCAUCCAAUUUUACUAGCACAAUGACUAGAGUGCCUUUUAAAGAAGCAGAAUCAUUAGAAGAAGUUUUCUUUGCAACAGAAAAUGAUGAUGCAAAAGUCACUGCAGAGGACAAAGAUAACGAUGACAUUUCAGAUACUAGCUUUUCAGAUCAUGGGGGGACUAACUUAUCAUUGGAGGAAAUAAGUGAUGAUGAUCUGGAACUUUCUAGAAAGAGGAGGAAAUCAGUUGGACCUGGCAUGGAGAAAAUAGCUGGAGGCACACAAAUAUCUCCACAUGCUUCAAAAAUAAAUGUGCGAACUGAGGAACAGGUGGAACAAGGAAUUACAUCUUCAGAGAGAAACACUUCAAUCAAACGGCCAGCAAGUGAGGAUAGAGAUGCUGAUGGAGGCUCAAGUAAAAAGCUUAAAUCAUCUAAUGAAUCUAGUGAUUUAAUUGAAGGAUUUCUGUUAAAAGCAGGAGAACAUGGAAAGGAACCUGAACAGACAACUGACAUAAAUCUUGCUAAGAGUGAUGACAAACUUGCCUCUGUUUUAGAUGAACCAGCUUUUUCUACAGGCCUUGGUGCGAAUUUUAAAAAAGAAAAAGGCAAUCCCAACUCAACUAGUGGUGAGACUGCUAAAGGGAGAAGUGUCACACAAGCCACAAGAAGUGCCACACAAGCCACAAAAAGUGCCACCCAGAAGGUGAAGCAUGAGCGCCUAGACAGUAGAGAUAAACUUUAUGGUGGGAAUGAGUAUACUGAGCCAAGGAGAAGAUAUGAGCUAGUAAAUUCCUAUGUCCAGACAGAACCAAGGCUUCUCAAGGGAAAAAUUGUACAGUGCAAUAUCAAUCCCAAACAACAGGUCUCUAAAUCAGUAAAGAUGGAAACAGAGUCGGGAGAUGUGUUAAGAACUUCACAGCUGUUGACUAAGUUUAAACAUCUUCUUCCUUCAAGUAUACCUGAGAAAAUAUUCAAUGAAAUUACUUCUGUCAUGCCAACAAAUAAAGGUAGCUAAUACUUAAGUUUAUAAAUAAUUGCUUUAAAGAUUACCUAAGUCAGUUUAUUUUUUAAACUUUAAAUUACAAGUAAUUGUCUAAUUAACAUUUUAAGAAAAGUACUAUAUUGUGUGGCAAUGACUAAACAAAAAUUUUUUUGUCUGUAUUUUAAAAAAUGUCAAUUUUAAUCACCCUUUGCUUUAAAAAAAAAUAGGCAACGGCUAUUUGUUCAGCUUGGGGCCAGUCACUUUAUCAGAUAUGGAUAGUUCAGAUUUCAGAGAUGUUGUUCUGAGAGGGACUGAAAAGUUCAGCCUUCACUUUGAUGUGCACUGUCAAGGGUGAGAAACAAUUUUUUUUUUUAAAUAUGAAUUAAAUCAGGAAACAUGGAAUAGAACUAAUAUGAUGAUUUGACAGCACUUAUUUCAAACCCACUUUCUUAACUUUUUCUCACUUUCUUGUCUACACAAUAAAUAAAAAUAUAAAACUAUGCAGUAGAUUUUAAUUCUUUUAGAUUCACCCACUUAAAAAGAUUUAACCAAAAUAGACUUAUUUUUCUUCUUGUGUUUAAAAAAUUGUAAUAAAGUAAUUAAUGUAAAUUUGAAAUAAGAAAAAGCUUAUUUCUGCAAAAAAAAAAAAAAAAGGAGAAUUACUAAAUAAUUGCUGUAUGAAAGAUUAUUUUAAAUUGGAUGUUUUGGUUUAUAUUUUAGGAUCUUCAAAGCUACACAUAAAUUUGAAAAAAAAAAAAGAUUAUUUUUGAAAAAAAAAAAAAAAAAGGAGAAUUACUAAAUAAUUGCUGUAUGAAAGAUUAUUUUAAAUUGGAUGUUUUGGUUUAUAUUUUAGGAUCUUCAAAGCUACACAUUCUAAACAUGAAGGCAUUGCUUCCCUAAUUAGACAGCUUAAAAGAAUUGAACUAGGCAACAGAUACAUGUGUAUGUCCUUUGUUUAUACACAAGGGGAAAUUCAACAGCCUAUUUUGUGGAAAGGUAAUGAAAAGCAUUAUGCUCUAAAUGUCACUUACUUCAAUAACCACUUUUUUAAUAGAUAAAUUAAAACCAAAUAGAAAAAUAUUUGUUAAAUGUAGACUCUAAUUGUGCCUGCCUCUUGACAAUAUGCAAAGGAAUACAGCUGUACCUCGCAAAAACCUCGUAAUUUGGGCCGGACCCUCACCCUUAAGUCUUAAGGGAAAAACCCCAGUGUGUGAAUUAAGGCUUUUUUGUGCCUUUCAAGUGCCUGCAAGCAAAACUACAUGCUUUGUACUAAUAUAUAUUAAAUGUGCAAUAACUAUCAAGCAGUGAUAGAAAGGGAAGUUUACAAAUGUUUACCUUGAAAUAUAUAAUUAGUAUGUACAGUACAUGAUUAACAACUGAAAAAGAAUAGAAAUAUACAAUUUUAAAUAUCGCGGACGGAGAUUUAAGAGCAUCGUUAUUUUGAAAUGCCGUUAAGCGAGUAGGCAUUAUUGCGAGGUGCUACUGUAGUAAUCUUCUUUUUAUAAAUAAAAAAAACUCAUUUAGUUAUUUAAAUAUUAAUGUUAAGGAUAGAUUUUCUAUAUCAAAGCGUAUUGAAAAUUCAAUAAAUAAUUUGUUUAUAGUAAAGACCUCUAUUAGUUAAAAAAAAUUUCGCAAACACAUUUAUCAUUUUUUAAAAAUAUAAUAACUAUUCCUUAAGAGAUUUCACAAAAGUAAAAAAUAAUCUUAUGUGCAUCUCCAGCUACCAUUGUUUUUAUGUAUGAACAAGACAUUCAAAUUGAAAGCCUGGGUCUUGUAAGUGAUGGAAAAAUAAGAGCAAAGCUGAACCUUGAAGGUGUCCCUAAAGGAAUCAGCAAAGAUUUUAUCCACUUGUUGUUUCCUGAAGCUCUCAGUGUCAGCACAUCUCCUGGUGCAGGUAUAGACAGGUGAGACAACUUGGAAUACUUUUGUUUCCUUUGCUUGUUGAAUUUGUUGACAUCUUAGUUUUUUCCUCUUGUGAUGUCCAUAACUAUUUUUAUGAACUAUUUUCAUGACUUUGGCCUCAUUUGAUGUUUAUAACUAACGCACACAUUCUGGUAAGGGUCUAAGAUUACUCUCUUAUGACCCGCGCUAGAACAUUGGCAGUCAACUCCAUUUGCCGAGUUUUGCCAUAUAACAUUUUCCUCACGUAGGGCUCUCCCGUCGCCCUUACCUCCCCUGAAACAUCUAGUGAGGUACAUUUGGUCUACAGAUGCACUAGAGUUUCUGGGACCAGGCUGCAAUGCCUGCAGGUAGGAUGUUAUGGUCUAGCCUGUUAAAAUAUGUGCAGAUGAAAAAGUGCUCAGUGCGCAUCUGUGUCACUAGACUCUGGUGCCUUCUACCUUAACCCCACCAAGGGUCUUGUCUGCUAGGAGAUGGCAUGUUAGCGAAUACACCUGUGGCUGUCAUGUUGUCUGACCACUGCCUGUACCAUUUUUGUGCGAAAAUGGUCCCCCAACAAGUUUUUUUAUACCCAGAUACGAUACUGGUACCUCUGGCUGAGGUUUGGCAGCUGCGAGAUUUUGUCAAGAUGUCUGCUUUUUCAUUGCUCUUGACGUUGAUGUGCCCUGGAAUCCACUGCACUUUUACCAUUCCUCUAAUUUCACCGAUCUUCCCCCCGUCAUCCAUGAUGGCGCCAACUAAGUGAAUGGUACUCGCAACCCUACCCAAGAUCUCAAGAGCAGAUCUUGAGUUGGAGUAAACUAUGACAUGGAGUCCCACAACCUUCCGCCUCUGCAGAGUGUGGUACACACUUUCCAGGGCCCUGUGUAUAGCCUGCAGCUUGCCAUCAAAAUUCAAUGCUGCUGUCCCACAGGGCCUUUCCAUGAAAACUUUCAGAGGGUAUUCACACACCCUUCCAUGGUCUCUAAGACAACAGCUAUCUGUACAUGUUCAUGGCUGCGUUUUGUCACUGCUUUUUCUGUUAAGGCCAAAUGUAUUUUGGGACGUGAAGGCUCUGCAUAUGGUGGAUUGGCUGGGGUAUGGAUCAGACUUUCUCUAUUUUGGGUUAGGUGGACUGCCUUCUCAAGUUCCGCAACUUGAUGCUUAAAAGACGAUCAUUUCAUUGGCCUCCCCGGUAUUCAGUUAUUUUGCAUUUGGAAUGAUGGUUCCUUCCUGUCAAGCUAUCUGUACAGCUCUACAGUACUUAAAAUAGCCUUGUCCCUUCUUAUUAGCAGUUCAACAUUGGCCAGGACUUCUACACCAGCUGUGGUUUUGAAUUCACCACAGAUGAAUCUCAAGGCCUAAUUCUGGAUUCGGCCCAACUUUUCAAGUGCAGUUUGGACUGGACGGGCAUGAUAUAAUCCAUCACUGACCUUACACUGCUCAGAAACAGCGCUCUAAGCGUACUAGCACCUGCACACCAACUCUUGCAUGCCAAUUUCUUCACCAGCUUGAGCUUGGGGGUCACCUGGGAGCAUAGGUCUUGUACAAAAUUAUGCAUUUGCACCUUUUAAUCCAACUUAACUCCCAGGUAAACUGGUUGCUUGUCCCAUUUGAGCACUACAUUGUCCACCUUGAGCUUGAUCGCCUGUUUGAUGUUUAUAACUUUAGUUAUCUAUUAGGUCUCAUUUGAUGACCAUAACUGUAGUUAACUAUUUGGUUUCAUUUGAUGUCCAUAACUAUAGUUAUAUAUUUGUUCUUAUUUCAUGUCCAUAAUUGUGUAACUCAAUGUGUAAUAAAUAACAAUUGCUGUAUUUAAGCUCACACAAAGAAAUAUUCUUAUAUUCAGUGUAUGGUUACAAAAAAUACUUUCCUCUGCUUCUCUUAAUUUAUCCAGAGAUUUUUCACUAUUAGAAACUUUAAAUGUAUUAUAAAUGAUGUCUACUACCUCAAACAAUGUUCUGAAUGUAAAAGGGCUGAAUUAAAUCAUAACAUAAAAAAACUAGUUGAGAUUUUUGCCAGCUUACAAUUUCUAACAUUUCUUAAGUUCUCGACUACAAGCAGCAUUUUAUAUAAAACUAUUGACUAAAAUACUUUAAAAUUUUCUCCAUUGAACUUUUUGGACCACUUUCCAAUCUUACUGAAACCAAAUUUUUAUGAAUUCUUUCUUUGAUUUAUUCAGGGUUGUCACUUUAGGUUUUUCUAACAAAAAAAUGGUUGAUGAGGUACUUUCCUGCUAUGACCUAGUUCUUAUCAACGGUUGUCAGAUCAGAUUAUCUAGCCAUGACCCAUUUGAAGAGCCAGAAACCAAUAUGUCCUCAGGUAUGUUUUACUUUUUGAAAACUUAUUUUCAUUCACACAGGACAGCACUAAAAUUCUUGGGGUACAGAGGCACUUAUGGGUUACAGCUUAGCUAAAUUUUUAACUGCAAAUAGAGUGUCUUUAACUUUACAACCCCACAUACUCUUGAAAGAAAAUAUUUAACAGGUGGUUUUAAAUAGCUGUGAUGAAAGUAAAUAAUUGAAGUAAAUUAGCUGGUGUAAUAUUAAUAAAACAUGUCUUGAAAACGACUGAUACUAUUAUGACUCAAUAAUUAUUUUGCGUAACCUCCAGACAGAAGUUUAAAGAGUUAGAAGAAAUCACUUUUAAAAAAGUGUCAUCAUUUAAGGUUAUAUAUCGGCAUCCUUCCGUCUCGUGAGACGAUGGUGCAUCACCGUUUGGUUGGGUUGCAUUUUCUCGAGUGGCUGUGCAGUCCUAUCCUUGAGUGACAGUCUUUACCACAGUUUUUACACACGAGUUCCGUGCUUCUAAAUGUUUUGGCCUUUCUCCUAGCUCUUCUGUCUGCAGCCUCUUCCAUUCUUCGCUCCUCGGCUACCAUGACGCCUUCUUUGACAACUGUGCGCCACGUAGAUCGGUCUUUUGCCUUACACUCCCAGUCACUUGUAUGUAUUUUGGCUGCUUUCAUGUCCCUUUGACAGACAUCUUUAAAUCGCAGACGUGGGCGACCUGUUUUCCUCUUUCCCGAAGCAAGUUCACCAUAUAGGAGGUCUUUCGGAAUGCGGCCGGGACUCAUUCUUUUAACAUGACCUAGCCAUCUCAGGCGUCUUUCACUAAGGAUUGUGAACAUGCUUUGGGUAUUCGCACGCAUUAGGACCUCACUAUUAGUCACUUUUUCUUGCCAUUUAAUACCAAGGAUGCGACGCAGGCAUCUCAUAUGGAAGCUAUUAAGCUUGCGCUCUUGGGAUGUAUAGGUGGUCCAUGUCUCGCUCCCGUAUAGUAGUGUACUGAUGACACAAGCUCGAUAGACGCACAGUUUGGUUUUCUCCGUUAGCUUGGUGUUUUGCCAGACCCGUUUAUUUAGCUUAGCCAUUGUGGCAGCUGCCUUGCCGAUUCUGCUGUUAAUUUCUUCUUCAAUGGACAGUGUGUUGGAGACCUUGGACCCCAAGUAGGUGAAGCUGUCCACAACCUCCAAGUUUUCGUUAUCGAUUUUUAUGUUAGGUGGAGGUCGAGUGUCUUGGGCCAUGAUGUUUGUCUUUUUCAAGCUGAUUUGCAGACCAAAUUCUUUGCAGGCAUUGGUGAAGCUUGACACGAGUUGUUGCAAACCAAUUUCUGUGUGUGCUGUUAGAGCCGCAUCAUCCGCAAAUAGUAGCUCACGAAUUAGGACAUCUGUCGUUUUGGUCUUGGCUCGGAGGCGGGCAGUGUUGAAAAGUCCUCCAUCAGUUCUGGUGUGUAACCAGAUUCCCUCACUGCUAUCCUUGAAUGCGUAUCGAAGUAGUACAGAGAAGAAUAUUGCGAACAGUGUUGGUGCGAGUACACAACCUUGUUUAACUCCGCUAUUGACUGGAAAGGCUUCUGACUUGGCUCCAUCGAACUGCACUGUACCCUGCAUAUUUUCAUGGAACUCUCUGAUGAUGGCAAGUAGGUGAGGGGGACAGCCGAUUUUUGCCAGUAUUUUGAAUAGCCCGUUGCGACUGACGUAAUCAAAGGCUUUUGUAAGGUCCACAAAGGCAAUGUACAGUGGCAUCUGCUGCUCUCUGCAUUUUUCCUGGAGCUGUCGUAUGGAGAACACCAUGUCUAUGGUAGACCGGCCAGACCGGAAACCGCACUGAGAUUCUGGAUAGACACGGGAUGCUAGACUCUGUAAACGUGUUAGUAUGACACGGGCAAAGGCCUUUCCUACAAUACUAAGGAGUGAAAUGCCGCGAUUAAUUAUUGCAAUCACUCCUAUCACCUUUGUUUUUAUAUAUUGCAAUAUAUUUGCAUCCUUUAGGUCUUGGGGGAUGUAGCCCUGUUCCCAGCAGAGGGACAGAAUCUCGUGCAAUGGUUGGAGUAAAGCUAUCUUACCACUCUUUAGAGCCUUUGGUGGUAUUCCAUCAUCCCCAGGCGCUUUUCCACAAGCUAGGCUAUCAAUAGCUUUGCUCAGCUCUUCCAGUGAGGGCACGACAUCAAGUUCUUCCAUGAGUGGCAUAUCUGAUAUGUCAUCUAGAGCGGUGCUGGAGACUGUGGUAACUGUUGAAUACAAUUCCAGAUAAUGCUCAACCCACCGUUUUAGCUGUGCUGCCCGGUCUUGGAUAAUUUCUCCAUUUUUGGACUUUAGAGGAGCAACUUUGGACGUCAAGGGGCCAGUUGCCUUUUUGAUGUUUUCGUACAUUGCUUUUGCAUUACCCAUAUCUGCAGCUGACUGUAUGCUGGAACAGAGGUUAAGCCAGUAGGUAUUGGCGCAAUUACGUGCAACCUUUUGGGCAAGUGACUUGGCUGUUUUUAAGGCAUGCAACCUGUCGGGUGUAGGCUUUUCCUUGUAAGCCGUAAGAGCUUUCCUUUUGGCUUCAGUGACAGGUUUCAUCUCGUCCCAAUGUUCAUCAAACCAGUCCGUGUUUUUGUGAGAUUUUUUGCCAAAGGCCUGUAUUGCGGAUGUAUAGAUUGUGUCUCUGAGAUGCGUCCAUUUCGAGUCAAUGGUGACGCAUGGGGACAUCCUUGAGAUACCUUCCUUCACCUUGUCUGUGAACAGCUGCGUUAGCGCAGGGUCUUUCAUGCAGAAGGUAUUGAUACGUGGACAUCCCUUUUUCUUGGAGUGGUACGAGUUUUUCCUCAUUAUUCGUACCUUGCUGGCGACAAGGGAGUGAUCCGUGUCACAGUCGGCACUGUGAUAGCUGCGAGUGAGUAGGAUGCUAGCUAGUUGUGCACGCCUGGUGAUGAUGAGGUCCAGCUGGUGCCAUUGGCGGGAUCGAGGGUGUCUCCAAGAUACUUGAUGUAUAUCCUUGCACUUGAAGUAAGUGUUGGUCACACACAAGCCUCGUGAGCAGCACAAUUCCAGAAGCCUCUGUCCAUUUUCAUUUAUCUUUCCUCUUCCAAAGAGUCCAAGGCAUGUGGGCCAGGCUUCGUGGUCGCUCCCCACUCUAGCAUUGAAAUCUCCCAGGAGGUAGAUUGCCUCGUCUUUGUGGAUGCUGGCUAUUGCCUGGUCUAAAGCUCCAUAGAACUGGUCCUUCUCUUCCGGAGUUGAACAGAGAGUUGGGGCAUAUACACUAAGAAUGGUUGCUGGGCCCGCAGCUGUUCUGAGUCUUAGAGUGAGGAUCCUCUCCGUGCCUGAUGACGGGGGAUCAAUGAAUGGUGUAAGAGUGUUCUUAACAGCGAAACCUACACCAUGCUGUCUAGGUUCGUUUGUUGGUCUGCCUUGCCAGAAGAAAGUGUAAUUUGCCUCUUUGAGUGUACCGUUGUCUGGGAGCCUGGUCUCCUGAAGGCAAGCGAUGUCAAUCUUUAGCCUUUUAAGUUCUCUAUCGAUUAUUCCUGUCUUCCGUGUGUCGUUUAUUGACUGCGGGUCAUCAGUGAUGCCGGGACACAUAGUCCUCACGUUCCAGCUAGCGAUUCGAAGAGCUGGGGUCUUCUUUUUCUUUUUUGUGUUUCUUGGUGCAGGGCUUAGUGGCCCACUUGUUGAGUGGUACUCUAAUCUCCACGCACCCAGUGGAGAAGGCAGGCGAUGACGGGAUAGCACCUAUUUGACUGGGGGCUGCCCAGUUUGAGGCGGGCGGUAGCUGUCCAGUGAGACAUGGGUAGUCUCUCCCACCGUCGGAAGCAACCCCUGGCGCCUAGCUCUACGUCAAUUGAGCGUUUGGCUUAUAACCGGUAACUGCUGCUUCCCGUGUUUAGUCAACACCUUGCGGCGACGCUGGAGUGUCCUCUCCAGAGGUGAUGCAAGCCUGGGCGGGUAUUAUGGAGAAUUAGCUGCUGCCCAUACAGCAUAUCCACCCUCUCCACGUCAAUGGUGUAACCAAGGGAACGACUUGCGUCGAUGCGGCUUGGCUGCCGUUGGCGUAGCAGGAGCUGCCGGUAUGUACAUAAGAGUCUUAUGUAUAGGCCGCCUGUAGGUGCUCCAUUUCCUGAUUUUCUGUCGGGGUUUACUCCCUUAGCCUUUCCCGAAGGGUAUAGCCGCAAGGCAGCAGAGGUUUUUUUGAAGUCGGAGUUUCCUUCUCCUAGCCAAGGUUUUAACGAGCAUCAUCUACCCGUAGGGGUGCCAAAAAUUACAACAAAAAAAACUUGAAACUAAGUGUAGAUAAAUUUUUAACUAAAUUAAAAUGGUUAUUUACUGAUCUUGUAACACCAUUUUGUGUUAUUUUUAAAAAAAAACUGCUUUCAAUUGCAUGCCAGUGUUUCAUAAACAUUUCACCAGCUCUAUUAAUUCUUCCAGAUAUUGUUGAAGAAUCUGGAAUUGUGAUCAUUAAAGAUGAAGAAAACAAAGAGAUUUCUAAACCAUGUGGAGAGACUUCUGAUAAAGGUCAUAUUGUUGAUGGUUCACUACAUGUCACCCCAGAAAUGGGUGUUGCUGAAGUAGACUUGAGUGAUCAUGCCAGUGUUGUUGAAGUGGCUGAUGCUGAAGUUGACUUGAGUGAUCUUGUCAGUAUUGUUCAAGUGCCUGCUGGGGAGGUGGACAUGAAAGAUUUAGGUAGCUUUGCUCAAGAGGUUACUGAUCUACAGAAAAGUUCUGAUCAAGAGAGGAUGGAUCAAGAAGAUGUGGCCCUCCAGUUGACAGACACAGAGACUACAAAAGUUAUACAUGACACCGAGAAGGAUUUGACUGAAAUGGUGUCUACUAGUUGCUUAGGCGAACCAGAUGCUAAUAACACUAUUGCUACCAUAAUAGAGAAAAACCUCAAGCAAAAUGAUGUUCCUGAUUUAGCUGAAGGUAGCUUAGACACAAAUGAAUGCAGGCAAGCAGUACAAAAUGCUGAAUUGUUGGCAGAGGAGGUGUCAGAAAUAGCUGAAUCAAUGGAGAUUGAAGUUGUUAGAGAAGUAGCAAAAAAAUCUGAUACAGCAGUUCCUGAGCUGUCAGAAUCUGCAGUGCAGAGAGAAAACAUACCAGAAAGUGAUGCUGUUGGGGUGGUUAGUGAAAGCAAAACUGAUGAGACUGUACAGCAAGUUCAUGAUACCCAGCUAGAUUUAAUGGAAGUGGUUGCUAAUGAAGCUGCAGAAGAAAAGAAAGAUGAACAUUUGGAGGAUGUCAGUGAUGAUGAUAUGAUGAAUCACAAUAAAAAUACAGAGGUUGACGAUGUUGUCAUUGUACGAGAGGACCUAGUAAGGAGAAUCAUAGCAAACAUAGACUUGACCAAUGAUGAGUCCAAUCCCUCAGAACUUAGUCCAGCCAAUACCAGGGCUAGAGGCUCCUCAAUGAAAUCAGACAUUGUGUUGCCACCUACUGCUACAGGGCUAGUGACCAAAAAUGUCAGAGAAGUAGCAGAGAAGUUAAUUAUGACAGAUGGAAGUCUAGAAGUUUCUAUGGAGGUCAUUGAUGUUAGUGAAGAUGACGGAAAGUCAGAGAAAGUGGUCUACCCUAGAUACAAUUGGCGGCAGUCCAAGCAGCCAGAAAGAGUCAUGGAUAAAGGCAAUGAGAGGUCCCACCCAAGGCCAUGGGGAGAAGAGCCAUGGGGCUCAUCUCAUCACUCCAAGUAUGACUCCUACUACAGCCCUAGACAAACUUACACAAAGCCAUAUUCUGGUAGGGACUAUGUGUCCAAGCCAUAUUCACAUGACCAAACAGCAUCAAGAGAUGUGUCCAAGCACAGGAGAGUAUCCUCCAGAGAAUGCUCACCACGAGGCCCUUUACCACCAAGAGAGUCAACAAGGAGAGAUAAUCUUCUUCGUGAAUCUGGCCGGUUGGUUUUUUUUGUUUUUUACAAAGAUUGACGGGUACAAUAAUUAUUCUAUAGAUUUAAUUGAGUAAUAAUUUCUAUUAUUACCCACAUUUCUGUGACAUUAUUUUAAUGUGCUCUUAAUUUUCCUGUAAAUUUCAAGCACAAACAAUAUAUUUAGCUGUAACUGAACAGUUUUAAUUAACAACCAUUCACAAAUAUUUUUGCUCUUUGCAUAUUGAUUUAUUAUGCUAUGAAUACUUGACGUCAAUAUUUAUUUGGACCAAUAAAUCAACAUUUAUAGGUACCCAUUAUUUUCCAGCAGAAUAUUUUUUACUUUACAAAUUUAUUUAUCUGUUGUUAUAUAAUAAUCUCGUAUGGGUUUUAUAUUUUUACAAUCUGAACUGUCAAGGCUGUCAUUUUAAAGAUCUUCAUACCUAUGAAAGAACAUUAAAUUAGUAAAGAAAGCUACCGAUAUCGGGCCAAUCAGAACUGCAACUGGCUAUGAUGUAGUGAAAAAAAGCUUUAAAAAUGUUUUAAAUUCAAAAUUUAUCAUCUGUUUCAACGUUGACAGUUACAGAAUAUAAAAAGUUCUAAUGCUUCUUCUACUUUUGAAAUAAUUAUCUUACGCUAUGAAAAAUAGAAGAUUGCAAUUGUUUUAUUUAUUUAAAUUGACAUGAAACAUGAGAAGUUUAAGUGUAAACUUGAUUUCUUUAUAUUUCCAGAAGUCGUUCUCCAUCUCCUCGAAGACACCCCAGUUGGUAUAAGGAGGCAGAGUCUUUUAGACCCUCUCAUUAUCCAGCUGAUUAUUAUGGCAGCACGGAACGCAAGUAUAGCAGUGGUGGCCAUCCCAGGAGUAGUUAUGACAAAUGGCAUGGGGACUAUGGAGACAACAUUAAGAGUGCCAGCAGGCCCUUAGCCAAGCCUGAUUCUCAGCACCGGGAUUGGCACCCUUCAAGGGCAUCUUACCAAUCUCACAGCUCAUGGCAAGGUGAUCGCCAUAUUCCUUCAAGGUCAAGUGAGCAUCUCCAUCAUUCCCAUGAGAGCAGACUCGUGCAUUCUCCACCCAGGAAGAUUUACCAAAGAAAAUCCAGAUCUCAGUCUUAUUCUGAUAUGUCUUCAUCACCUGAACGACAUAGCUCACCCUUAAGACUGAGGGGAUCCUUUCAGAAAAAAGAUCAUCAGCACCCAGUAAAGCAAACAUCAAGAAGUCCUAUCUCAAUAUCCUCUAGGUCUCACUCACUGAGUCCAGUUUCAAAAUCACCCAGCCCAGGAAGAAACUCAUCAAAAUUUCCGGGGAAGGAUGAUUUGAUGAGUUCUGUCAAACAGUUCUUGCAUUUAGCGAAAGACUUUGAACAUGGGAAACGGCGCACUAGAUCAGGAAGUCGCGAGUCAUGCUCCCCUCAACGAAGGGCUCAUAGUCCAGCGCCACAUCUUUCUCGCAGCCCUCGAAGGGAAGUAGUUAGAUCACAACACAUGUCUCAUAGUCCUACAAAUCCUCGUUCAAGGAGUCCACCACAUUGGCAUAGAGACUCCAGAAGCCCAGACUAUGGUAAAAGCCAUGUUCAAAGAAAACACAGAUCACCAAGCCCUUUAUCGUUUCUGGACAGCCGAAGUAAAAGGUAUAAAUCACGGGACUAUUAUGACCAAAGACAGGAUUCUUAUCACAAAGACAGCCCCACACAUGAGUCCAGUCGUUCACAAAAAUCAAGGAGCUACCCUCAGCCCCCUGAAGAGAAGUCUGGACAGUGGCCUGACACACGACAACAGGUUCAGUCCUAUAGCAGUUCUGGAGAUCAACAGUGGCAGCAGUCAUAUGGAAGCUACCAAUCCAAGCUGACCACAGGUCCAGUAUCAUCAAACACAAGUAACACUUACAAUCCGGCGUACCCCCCACCUAACUUCCCCCAGUCUGGCUACCCUUCACAAGCCCCAGCAAACGUGUACCAUGGCGGUGGUACUCCGAUGUAUCAGUACAACACCCCCAAUCAGUAUGGAUACAAUGUGAUGUCGGCUAAUGUCCCCAAUCCCUAUAUGCCACCAGCCCCUGUUCCCCAAAUAGCUCAUGCCUACCAUCAAGCAUUUUCUGUACUUCAGUCAGCCAUAACUGGACAGCCCCCACCCCAGGCCUUUGAGGCAACAGCAACCAGUUCCAGUAAUAAUCCAUCCUCAUCUAAGAAUAAAAAGUCCUGGUCUAUGGGAAGCAAUGCGCUUGUUUUCCAAAGAAUAUUAGGGAAUGAUGGUAAGAAUACAAAAUAAACUAAAUCUCCUUGAUAUUGUAAAACUUUUAAGAUUUCACAGGUAAUCAUUUUUGUAAUGUCAUACAUAUUUUGUCAGUAGUAAAUUACAAUUUGAUCUUGACUGGAAAUGUUUGUAUUAAUGAUAAUAAUUUUACACGUGUGUUGUUUACAAAAUUUAAUUAGAAUAUCAAAACUUGUGAGAAGACAUUGGCAUAUUCAAAUGGAGUAGUAAGGAUAUUUCACAAAUGUUUUGAAUUCUUUGUUCCUAAAAUAUGAGAGACACCAAUGCAGUAAUUAAAGAAAACUUGGAUUUCAUGGAACAUCUUCACAUAAUGUGUUCCGAUUUUACUGUAUUUUAAGGUGACAAAAAGGACUAUGAGAAAAGAAAAAAGAGUGGCACUAUAGAGAAAAUUGGGGAACGUGAACGACAAGAGAGACCCAAACAAACUAAAGAAGUCCGUGUCUUGACCAGUGUUCAAGUGAAGAAGUGACCCACUGAUUACUUUUGUUACAUGAAAUAAUUGUAAUUACAUUUAAUUUCAUAUUUAAAAAAAGCGUAGCAUUGCCAAGUAUCAAUGUCAAGUUAUUAAAUCGGCUUUUGUAAAAAAUAUUUAAAAAAUUAAAUUCCUUCAAAAAUCAAAUUGAGUUCAUGAGGGUAACGAAAUAUCAUUCUCAAAAAAUUGUAUUAUCCCAGAGACAAUUCAAUAAUAUUUUUUUUUUUUUUAAUGUGUUGAUCUAUUUUUUUGAACUUCAUUAUUACUCAUAGUUUACAUUCAUGAUUUUAAUUAUUUUGCCAUGAUUUAUUCAGAUUCAAAUUCAUUAGGCUAUUAAUAAUCAUUUCAAUAUAUGACUGAGCUUUUUGAUAGAUGUGUGGAAUUUCUGUUUUGCUUUGUUCAUAAUGCUGAAUUGUACAUGAUAUCUUGACCUUAAGAAACCAGGUCUCGAUACCAUUUUUAUUCCUUAGAUAACAAUUUUGGAAAUGAUAAUUUUGAGCAUCUGCUAUUGCUCUAGCCACUGUCAAUCUCAAGAAAAUGUUAGUAUUGCUUUUACAUUAAUCAUACAUAUUGUAAAUGCUUGUAAUGAAGGGAUAUUUUGGAAAUUAUUUUUCUAUUUUUGCAAAAAUUUAUAUGUGCAUCUAAAAUUGAUUUUGUUUCAAUAAAGGCUAGACAGUUGCAGAUUUAGUAUUUCCACAAAUUAGUCAAAGUAUUUGAAUGAAACUGUAAACAAAUCUGAAUAAAAUAUUCUUGACAAUUAAA